AGAAAAAAAACUCCUUCCUUUCUCUCUUCUAAGAUCUCGCUCCCGAACACAGUAAGCUGCCGAAUAUAAAACCCACGCCCCGCCGCUGUUUCUUCCGGUAAGCUUUUUCUCCUCCCGAUCAUCCAACCUUCUUACCCUACACCAUCUGGCGCAUUGUAGAAACGCCCACGAGAUGCUAUUUCUUCCUUCUAGGGUUUCAAGCUAUUAGCUUUCUCUUUCUCACACGCUCAUGGCAUCCUUCCGACCCUUUCCUCCUCCCCACUCCUUCGGUCCGCAGAGCCAAACCCCUCUCCCUCCACCUCCCCAAAAUCACUACCCUCAGAACCGGAGCUUCAGCGGAUCUCAGCCGUCCGUUCCUUCCUCUUCCUACCCACCUCCUCAGAAUCCUCAGAACUACAACCAAAUCCACCCAAAUUCAAAUCACCAUCAUGGAUACAAUAGCAAUCCUCCUUCCCAUCACUUCGGUCAAUCAAGGAUGCACCAGCCAUCCCAACAGCAGCAAUAUCCCUUCCCACCAUUCCAACCUCCAUCUUCGAUAAAUUUACAACAGCAACCGCACCCUCAACCACCGAAUUCCCUAUACUAUCCUCCUUCUUCUCAGUACUCCCAAUUCGACCCACAUGGGCCGACCCCACCACCUCCACCGCCGCCCAUGCCGCCACCCCCUUCAUCUCCGCCCCCACCGCCCCCUCCCACCCUCCCCCCUCCACCGCUGCCACCUGCCCCUUCAGUCCCGCCACCACCCCAGCAUCAGUCGUCGGCAGCUAAAGAAGCUGUAGUUGGGGUCCAUGGGCGCGAAAAGCUGGCAUUUCCGCCAAAGCCACAAAAGGGUUCCACUGCUCCUGCUGGGAAAGUGGGCUCAGUGCAGGUGUCCAAUGGCCCGCCUGCUGCAGUCGGGAGAGUUGAGACGGAAGAGGAGAGGCGGAUACGGAAGAAGAGGGAGUAUGAGAAGCAGAGGAUGGAAGAGAAGCGGCGGCAGCAGUUGAAGGAGUCACAGUCGAAUCCUCUGCAUAGGGCACAGAUGGCGUCGGCAUCGGGGGCGAAGGCGCAUGGGUCAAUGGCAGGGUCGCGAAUGGGGGAGAGGCGGGCUGGACCAUUCUUGGGUGGGGAGAGGAUCGAAAACAGGCUGAAGAAGCCGACAACGUUUUUGUGCAAAUUGAAGUUCAGGAAUGAGCUGCCGGAUCCAACAGCUCAGCCGAAGUUACUGGCUUUGAACACUAAUAAAGACCAAUACACCAAAUACACCAUCACAUCACUAGAGAAAAUGCACAAGCCCCAACUUUUUGUUGAGCCCGAUCUUGGGAUACCUCUUGACCUGCUUGACCUGAGUGUAUACAAUCCUCCCAAAGAAAGGCCACCCCUUGCUCCAGAAGAUGAGGAGCUAUUGCGUGAUGAUGAGGCAGUAACCCCUGUGAAACAGGAUGGUAUAAGGAGAAAAGACCGGCCUACUGAUAAAGGUGUUUCUUGGCUGGUUAAAACACAAUAUAUUUCUCCUCUGAGCAUGGAUGCUGCAAAACUGUCCAUAUCUGAAAAACAAGCGAAGGAGCUACGGGAAUCAAGGGAAGGACGCAAUCUUUUCUUGGAGAAUCUUAAUAAUAGGGAAAAACAAAUCCAGGCAAUUGAAGAAUCGUUUAAGGCAUCCAAAUUACGCCCCGUCCAUCAAACUAAUCCUAAUUUAGAACCUGUUGAGAUUCUGCCGCUGCUACCUGAUUUUGACCGGAGCGAUGAUCAGUUUGUUGUGGCUGCCUUUGAUAGUGAUCCUACAGCUGACUCAGAAAUCUACAACAAGUUAGAUCGAUCUGUUCGAGAUGAGCAUGAAUCACGGGCUGUCAUGAAAAGUUUUGUAUCAGCUGGCUCAGAUCCAUCUAAACCUGAGAAGUUUCUGGCAUACAUGGUCCCUGCACCAGAUGAGCUGUCAAAGGAUAUGUACGACGAAGAUGAAGAUGUCCAGUAUUCCUGGGUUAGAGAGUAUCAUUGGGAUGUGAGAGGUGACGACGCUGAUGAUCCCACAACAUACCUUGUCAGUUUUGAUGAAGAAGCCGCCCGCUACUUGCCUCUCCCGACAAAGCUUAAUUUACAGAAAAAGAGGGCUAAAGAUGGCAGGUCCAGUGAUGAGGUUGAACACUAUCCUGUACCUGCGAAAUUGACUGUAAGGCGGAGCUCAGAAGUUGCUUGUAGGGAAGUGAAGGAUUCAGGAGCGUCAUCGAGUCAUGGCGAUCUAAAGUCUAAAGUAGAUAUUUCAAAUUUGAAGAGGGGAAGGUCUGCUGGUGAAGAUGAUCUGGAAAUGCAGGACAAAGCAGCACGAGUGGAAGAUGAAGAUCACUUUAGUGGGGCAGAAGACAUGUCUGAUUGAUUGCUGGUGAUGUAAAUGAUGCUCUGUUCAGAGGAAAACUUCCAAUUCACAAAGAGAUGUAUAGCUCCCAAUGUUUUGUUAUGCCUGGCGGAACUGCUGGAAAAAUACUUGGACUGGAUUGGAUCUCCAAGGUAGCAUCAUUCUUGAUUGUGCUAUAUGGACAUAAAUGGAAAUCUUUGUUUAAAUUUCUGUGAGCAUAUCAACUGUAUCCAUACAGAAUUGAGCUUUAAUGAUAGAUAUCAUUUUAUCCCUA